GGCGGCGCACUCCCCGCUAUAAACGUCGAACGCGACGACAUCUGCAGAGAAAAAAUCGCGACAAGGCCAUCGACAAAAUUGCGGCGGAAGAGGACCAUGCACUGCGACAAAUUAUGGGUGUGGACAUAUAUGUAUACCGGUGAACUUAUUUUUAAAAUCGAUGAUUCUGAUGGGUCAAUAAUGACUGACGAUAAUAGGUAAUGAAAAUUGAUAGUAUAAAUUAGUAUUAUAUACGAGUUAAAAUGAAAACGUCUGUAAAACGCGUUAAAACGUUACGCGGUCGUGGAAACGGUUAAUACGGUCUAUUAUCGAGCGACCCGGUGACCUCUGGUCGAGGAAUUGAUUAUUUUAGGAGAGGUAGCGAGAAUAAAAUGCCAAGUCGGUAAGGAGUCGUAGUUCACGAUGGAGAGUCGUUCGGAUAGUAUAAAGGACCCGAUUUAUUAUCCUUCGAUGCAGGAGACAGCGGAAGCAACCGGUACGGAAGUUGAAAGUGUGGACCGAAGUAGAAGUUCUGCUGGCAGCCAGGACCUCGGUUUGGAGGAGAGCAACGCGUUGAAAGUACCGCGCAAAUUUAUCACCAACUGGCGACAGGCUUGCGAUCGCACUCGCGACAGGACCAAGGAUUUGCUGAAGAGGUGGCGUGCCGUCUCCACCAAUAUCGACCAAGUUAUCGUUCCAGUUUCUGACAAGCAACUGGAACAACAUCCCAGUUGGAGCGUACACGUUUGGACGACUUGGGUGAGUCGGUAUCCCAGCGACGAGAACCUCAUCGCUCUCGAAGAGGCUGCCAAGGGAGGGAAAGUAUCGGACCUGGCGCCCAUUCAACGGGACAAAUUCUCUCACUUUUUCACGUACCUCCUGGACCACGAUAAAGAUGGUUUCAUUAAUAGAAAAGACUUCCGAAUGUUUUCAGAGCGAUUGAGGCGAUUCGCGGACUGGUCAUGGAACGGACCAGAGUACCUGCGACUGAUAGAAAUCGAGCAAGGGUUAGCCGAACUGAUUCUCCGGGAAAAGAACUACGAGGGAGACGGAGGAAGAAAGAUCAGUUUGGAAGAGUGGCUAUCAUGGUGGGCGAGAAUCGUCGCUCCAGCCGGUGGCGCAGCUUACGACGACAUCCCCUUCUGGCUGAAGGUUUUACCGAAAAUAUUUUUCCUCGCCAUCAACAGCUCCGCGAACGGAAUCAUCUCUAAGAACGAACUCGCCGCGUUUUAUGGAUCGGUCGUCGGCUUGGACUCCGACAGGAUAUCCAAGUGUUUGGACACCGCGUAUGAUUCGUUGACUUCGAACGGGGAUCAUUGUUUGCGUUGGCCACAGUAUCAGCUGGUAUACGCCAACUUCCUGUUCGGUCGAGGUCCUUUCGGUCCGGGCGAACAUUUCCUCGGCAUGACGGACUCCUGCGUGAGUCGGGGCAACGUACCCUUUCCGAUAGACUACUCCGCGAUGAACACGCCGAGGGAUAAAUUGGAAGUGUACGAUCCACGUUGCAGAACUAGUCGACGCAGCGUUGUAGUCUGAAACGCGACAUGAACCGUAGAGAAGAGAACGAUCGACUCAUCGUUCCAGAUUUUCCGUUUCAUAGACAGUUCCCGUGAAAGCAAUAUUGCGCAACUGUCGUUUCUUAACGAUGACCAAUAAAAAUGAUCUAGUUUCGAGCAA